AAGGAAAGCUUUUCCAAGCGCUUUAUGUACACAAUCUGGGGUAGAGGGUUUAAGCUCUCCAGUCCUUCCGAGCCACUUUUCCUGUAGAGUGUAAGGACACCACAUUUUAUCGCAGUAGAAAUAAUUCCAGUGAAGAUUUCGGGUUUAUUAUUUAAGAAUCGUAUCUGCGUCUACCUCGCACAUUGUCAAAAAUAUUUAUAACUUCGAAUGUAUUAUCCUUAUGUGAAACCCAGCUAGCUAAUAGUAAAAAAAAAACGAAGUUUCUGCAAAAAAUAUAUAUAUAUUUUUUUAAAUUUAGUGGCGAAAAAAAGUAAAACGAAAUAAUAAAUACGCAAAUUACAAGUUUUUGUGGAGGCAGAGGCACAGCCAUUUCCCCUGCGAAAAAUCGAUUUCCUUUAUCCUGUCCCGUUGCGCUGUCACAUCCAGAGCUUUCGCUUUCACUUUCCUAUUGCAGUGAAAACAAAAGCGACCGAGGCUCUGGGAUUUCCACCUGCCGCAAUGAGGUUUGUGUAGAGAAGGUAGAGAGAGUGAGAGUGAGUUGGAAUCGCCGCGACCGUCGCAUGAGCAAAGAUGAUUGUCACUUCUGCUUCUGGCCUGGAUAGCACCCCCACUCUGGGCACUGUAGAAGUGACCACACUACUCGGCGUCUUCUUCGGGGUGCUGGUUUUGCUGCUCCUGCUCUUUCUUUACAUCAGCCGGAAGUGCUGCUUCCACUACCGGCAUGCCAUCAACUGCUGCGAUGAGCGCCAUUUGGCGGCCAAGUGCGUCCAGAAGAUUACUCGGAAACGGCGGUAUGAAAAUACCAGCUCGGACUCGGAGGAGGACAUUCUGCGCCGGCUACGUUGGCACCAACAGCAUCAGCUGGGCGAUAAGCACGGCAACUAUGGCAUGGGAAUCAACCAGGCGAAUCCCCUGACAGCCCACAGCUUCAAUUACCAUCACGCCGGCUCCGACCUACAGCGGGUCACCGUGACCCGUGACCCGUUGGCUGUCGCCGAGAGGGGUAAGGUCGGCAUCCCGUCGUCGCACAGCGAGUGUAGCUCCAACGACUCCAUGGAGGCCUCUGUGGACAGUCAUACAGGUAUCCUCACGGGCGAGAGCAAGGGUAAGCAGCGUCAGGCAGAGGAUGUGUCAGGACUAUUGAUUGAAUUGGACAUAUUGACAGGUUCUCACCCGGCGUCGUCUUACCGAAAUCCGUACGCGGAUCAUCGGGCCAAGACGCAGGCCUUGAGGUAUCAGCACAGGGUCGAGGUGGUGAUGCCGCCCAAGCAUGACAAGGAGCGUGACAGCAAUUCUGUUGUGGUGCCCAUGUCCAAUUCCUGCAACAACAACAACUCCAGCGUGGCUAACAACAACAACACCAUCAGCACCAACAACAAUAACAACAACAACGAUGACGAACCCCUCUUUGACACCAGUGAUCUCCGGUCGAUUAAGUCCGACGACAUGCUGGUGGGCGGCGAUGCGAAGGUGACCCCUCGCGGCCCAAUCGAGCUGGAGCUCUCGCUGCUCUACGACGCGCCAAUGCGGAAGAUGACGGUGCACGUGAUGCAGGCGCGCAGCCUGCCGCCACUGGCCAGUGGCCAGCCAACGCACACCCAGGUGCGAAUGCUGAUGCUGCCCACAAAAAAGCAGAAGCUCAAGACCAAAAUCCGCAGCGGCGAGAACCCGCAGUACAUGGAGAGCUUCUUGCUCCAUCGCGUCAACCCGGAGGACGUGAACAACAUGGGACUGCGGGUGCGACUGUACGGAUGCGAACGGUUGCGCAAGGAGCGUCUCAUCGGCGAGGCUUACGUGAGCUUCGCUACCGUUGACCUGGAACUGGAAACGAACCUGUGGCUGCCGUUGGAACCGCGCAACACAUCCUCGGUUUUGGGCUCCACCAGCGAUCUCCUGAGUCUGGCGCGGUCGGAGAGUGCGGGCUCCACAUCGUCCAUGCAGCAUGGCGGCGUGUCGGAGCUGCUAUUGGGCCUGAGCUACAACGGAGUGACAGGUCGGCUGAGCGUGGAGGUCAUUAAGGGCAGCCAGUUCCGCAGCCUAUCCCUAAACAAGGCUCCGGACACCUACGUAAAGAUGGUCAUGGUGAGCAGUAUCGGGCAGGAGAUAUCGCGCGCCAAGACCUCGAUCCGCCGAGGCCAGCCAAAUCCACUUUUCAAGGAGACGUUUGCCUUCCAGGUGGCUCUCUUCCAGCUCAACGAUGUUACGCUGAUGAUCUCCGUUUAUGCGAAGCGACACAUGAAGAAGAAUGAGAUGGUCGGCUGGUUCAGCAUGGGUCUGAACUCGUCCGGACCGGAGGAGGUGGCGCAUUGGACGGAUGUGUGUGAGAUGCCCAAGGGCGAGAUGCUGGCCCGAUGGCACGUUUUGGUCGAUUCCUGAUUCGAGCAGUUGGGCCAGUCCUCGAGUCGCAGCGGCAAGGCCCUCCGGAAGCUGGGCCUGACCGCCUUCAAGGACCGGUCCCGGGAGAAGGCUGCGAAGGAUUCGUAUGCCGAGGACGAUGGUGACCAAUUCCCUGCAGACAACGCCGUUGCAGUGGACAUUGAGCCGGGCCUCGAGCUCGACUUUGUCUAGAGCCGAGGCCAAGCGCGAAGUUUGUGAUUUGUUUUUUGGCGGUCCAAACAGGACCGACCACAAUUGUUGUAGCUGGGAGCCGGCAGGACUAUCCAGACCGUAAUGCUUGGAUUGUCCUCCGGAUCUGGCCCGGAUCUGAAACGGGCUGAGGAAUAUUUGUAUUUGUAAACCAUUUGACACACAUUUUUUGAUAAAAUGUGAGAUACACGAAAAUGAGAACCUAGAAUAUCGGAAUUUUAUACGCAAUGGCUUGUGAACGGCAGCCAAAUACUUAAAACUUACUCAAUUUGAAUUUUAUGAUUGUUUGUGAUAAUGAAUAAUACUAAAUAGCCGAUGAGGCAGAUACUAAAGGUCUGCUCGAAUGUCGAAUUUUUGUAAUUAAACCUUUCUGCAUCGUAUCUUAAAAUAUUAAGCCUAACACGGAGAACACGACGUCUUUUAAGAGUAGCACUUUUUUAUUAAAAACGGAUAAAAAUUAAAACAAAAACGAACCAUUGUAGUCGAUAAAAAUAUGAUAAUAUGCAUAUGCGAACAAGGGCGCACUCACAAAUAAACCAAAUAAAAUAAUUAUACCUACCUAUCGUCCGGUUAAACUAACUCCAACUUUUCCUAAAACUACAUACAUUUUAAAAUUUUAAUUAAAUGCUUAACGGUGUAUUUGUGAGUGCGCCCCUGUCUUUAUAUUAAUAUACCUGCAAACCUACAUGCAUACAUACCCGAAACACCUAACUACAUAAUUAAUUCUUGUGAUUUUGAUCAAGGCCCAUGCGCAUGUUCCAGUUUUUGAUAUACUGACAAAAUAUUAAUAUCGGUACCUUAGAAUUCGAACGCACAAAGAUCGAUGUACAACCGGAAAGGGGAGUUGGAAGCGGAAGUUGAUAAGAUAUAAGCUAAUAUGGAUACAUGAACGUUACAAGUAUUGCAGUCAGGUAAUAGGAGAAUUUUCUUAAUGCUCUACUAUUCCGAUUCAAAGAUCGGAAGGGCGGGCUCGGUCGGGAACUUGCAUAUGAUUGAAUUCUCAAGAGUUCUAUAAACGACAGGUCACUGUUUCUGAAAGUACAUAAGUUUAACUUAUACACGGAGAUAUGAAAGCUUUAAUAAUUAUUGGUACUACUUUGUUUUAAUUCAAACUAAAAAAAAAUAACAAAAGCAGAUAGCAUCUAUUAAACUAUUGCAAUUCUAAUGCAAAAAACUUAAUAUUAGUUAUACGAACAACCAUAUGAAUGUAUUUUGUAACGGAUAAUAUUUGUAUCUUUUAAAAAUCUAUAUGUUUUAAAUGUCGAAUAUUUUAUAGUCACACUUCAAGUGAUCGUGUGUUCGUUGUUGCAACAAACAGAAUUUUACGCUAAGUCUAUGAAUUCGUUUCGGGAGGCAGGUGAGGCUAGACAGCUAAGGGACUAUCAACAAAUCUAAAUCGUUAAAACAUAAAUGCCAGUAUUACAAAAAAAAUAUCCCCAAUUUUGAGAGUACGACAGCCGUUAGCCUCGCCACUAAGCGCGGAUUUAAUGUCAAGUAUUUCAGGCUCUGAGUAGAAUCUCCCUCCAUAUAUUAAAUGCUAAUGAAGUGAUUAUUUUUGUCUGAAGCAGAUUGCAUCUUUCUAAUCUUCAAUUUAAACAAUUAAAUUGUCAUCGUUGAUUAUCAAAAAAUAAUUUUAAUAUUACAUAAUUGCCACUUAAAAUAAAAAUAUAUUAUAUAAAACAACUGACCUAUUUAUAAAGCUUA